AUGGCUUCAAAUUUGCCUGUUGUUUUGCUUUUUAGUGCUCUAGUUUGCUCCUCCAGUGCUAGGAAACUUGUAGCUGGAAAGGGUUCUUUUGAGGACGAGAAAAAUUUGUUUAGCCGCCAUAGCGGUUUUGGUGGUGGGUUUGGAGGUGGUGCUGGUGGUGGCCUUGGAGAUGGAGGUGGAGGUGGAGGUGGAGGAGGAGGUGGUGGGUUUCUUGGCGGUGCUGUUUGCUCCACCAGUGCUAGGAAACUUACAAGUACUGAAAAUGGUUCUUUUGAGGAUGAGAAAAACUUGUUUCGCGGCCCUAGGUUAGGUGGUGGUGGAGGAGGAGGUGGCGGGUUUGGGGGUGGAGGUGGCGGUGGGCUAGGCGGUGGAGCGGGAUUUGGUGGGGGUGCUGGUGGUGGGGCUGGAGGUGGAUUGGGAGGAGGUGCCGGAGGGGGUGGCGGGUUAGGAGGUGGUGGAGGUGGAGGAGCAGGUGGCGGUGCUGGUGGCGGGUUUGGAGGUGGUGCUGGUGCUGGUGGUGGAGCUGGAGGUGGAGGAGGAUUUGGAGGAGGAGGUGGUGGUGGACUUGGUGGUGGAGCUGGUGGUGGGUUUGGUGGUGGUGCUGGUGGUGGAAUUGGAGGCGGAUUCCCUUAA